CAGCGCUGAUUACAAAUUGCAACGUCAAAGUGACAACUCACCUGCGCGAUAUUUUGUUGAUCUACCGGCGGAUGGCUCAGAAAUCUUGUGAAAAUGUUUUGGCCUAUUUUCGUUUUGAUGAGCGGUGUCAAGCUUCUGUUUGUACCCGCAUAUCAUUCCACCGACUUUGAAGUUCACCGAAAUUGGCUGGCAAUAACCCAUUCGCUUCCGAUUUGCAAGUGGUAUUUUGAGGACACCAGUGAGUGGACGCUCGACUACCCGCCGUUUUUCGCCUACUUUGAAUAUGUUCUUUCGCAAAUUGCAAAGUGGUUCGACCCUGAGAUGUUAAAAGUGGAAAACUUGAACUACGCCUCUGAAGCAACCGUCCUCUUUCAGAGACUAUCUGUGAUAGUUACAGACCUAAUCUACGCCCUGGGGGUUAAAAUGUGCCUGAAGCCAUUGAACCUGAACCAUAAACACGAGAAAACCAUCGUUGCAGCCCUUUUGCUUGCUAAUGCUGGACUGAUCUUCGUUGACCACAUCCACUUCCAGUACAACGGAUUUCUCUUUGGCGUUCUUUUGCUCAGUAUUGGCUUCAUGUUGAGGGAGCAAUUCCUAAUGUCGGCUCUGCUUUUCUGCAUACUACUCAACUUGAAGCACAUAUUCAUAUACAUUGCCCCGGCAUACGGCGCGUACCUCCUGAAGUUCUAUUGCUGGCAACGAAAACAGCUCUUCGUCAAUCUAUUGAAGCUUCUAGUAAUAGCAUUCGCGACUGUUGCUGUUUCAUUUGGGCCUUUCCUGGAUCAAAUCCCUCAGGUCCUUUCCAGACUGUUUCCAUUCAAACGUGGACUCACGCACGCCUACUGGGCCCCGAACUUCUGGGCUUUAUACAAUUUUGCAGACAAGACGGGAUCCAUUGUGUACAAAGUGAACAGGAAUGAAAGUUCAUUCACGGGAGGAUUGGUGCAAGAAUACGACCACAAUGUUCUGCCUACAAUUCGCCCUCUGGCAACGUUUAUCAUCACAGCAGUGUUCAUGGUUCCGUGCGUCUUGAAAUUGUUGUUCGGGAGUCUGAAUAACAAAGGAAUGGACUUCAUUCGGGCUGUGGUGCUGUGCUCUACCACCAGUUUCAUGUUUGGCUGGCAUGUUCAUGAGAAAGCUAUACUCAUGACCCUGAUUCCGCUGAGUUUGCUAGCUACAAAAAACAUUAACGAUUGCAAGUCUACCAUAUUUUUGGGCGCCAUUGGAUACUAUUCACUGUUCCCGCUACUUUUCCGUCCAGAGCUUCUACUAGUCAAGGUGUCAUAUUAUUUGGCCUACAUGUUACUCUCCUGGAUUUGCCUGAAACAUAUUCACCGAACGUUACACUUGAACAUAGUCGAAAUAUUGUAUAUUUUCGGUUUAAGCUCUUUAUUAGUCUACGAACAUUGCGUGCAAUAUUUAAUUGGAUUCGAUAAGAAAUUGCCGUUCCUUCCACUAUUAAUGACAAGCGUUUAUUGUGCCUUAGGUGUACUUUAUUUUUUCUGUCAAUACUAUGUAAGAUUUUUAUUGAAUACUGAGAUUGUACAUAGAAGUAGUAAACAUAAACAUAAAACGAAGUGAAAUAAACUAACUAAUGUCUUGUGCGAAA